GUUUAGAAAGGGAGGGGGGUGUGCAAAUUGUGACCCAUCCCGGCGGCUUUUUCCUCUCUGCUUCUUCUUGGGUUUUUUUCCUCCCCCAUCCGCUCGUUUCCCACUUCCCUUCCUCUCCGCCAACCAGCCCCCUCCUUCCCUCUUUAAAAAAAAAAAAAAAAAAAAAAAAUUAAAAAAGGCAGGGGAGGGGAGAAAAAAAAAAAAAUGUAUAGUCAGGGCUUCCCAAAUGCGCGCCCCCGACCCGGUGCCAAGCGCGCCCCCUUCAUUUGUUCCCCUUCUUGAAGCUCAUUUUCAUGACGUGGAAAAGCCUGAUCCAGGGCAACAACACCACCGCACACACACGGACACGGACACGCACACACGGACACGCACACACACGCACGGAGAAGGAGAGCAGCCCGAGAUCCUCCGCCGCGCCCCAGCCCUCCCGCUCCGCGCUGCCGGUGCCCGGAGAAGGCGGCGGCGGUGCUGGAGCCUGCAGCAGCCCCUCUCCUCCCUCCUCCAUUGAGUGUGCCAAACAGCAGCUCUGCAUCCUAAAGAAGAUCAUUGAGGGGCUCAUUGCAUUCCCAGCACGUCUCAGGCUUGCUUCUUUUUUUUUUUUGCCUUUUUUUUUUUUUUUUUCCUUUUGCCUCAGCUUCAGCAGGAGUAGAGAGAGAGGGAGAGAGAGAGACACAGAGAGGGAGAGACAGAGAGAAACCAGCAAUCUUUAAACUCGAGCCUUUUUUUCCCCCUUCCCCUCUUUUUUUUUUGGUAACGAUGUGCUAAAAUCUCUCCUGGAAACCGGUAAGUACAACCUUUCUGGAUCCCUUUUGUUUCCGCCUAGGGUCAAAGACACCCCCUCUUCCAAAAAGAAGAUAUAAUAAUCCUCUUUAUUUAUUUUUUUAUUUUUUAUUACAGCCCUUGCAGAAGAGAAAGAACUUAAGUGGCUAAUAUUUUGUAAAGGAGACAGAGAGACUGAUACUGCAAUAUAGCUCUCAUCUCUCUCCCUUCUUCCCAAUUAGAUGCUGGUUUUAAUUGCAGAGGGUAUUUCUCUUUUCAUGCUUUCAACCAUCUCCUCUUUCCCACAGGGGAGGGUUUCAUUUGCAAGUUGAUCCUCAGGAUUUCUGUUCCUCUGGCAUUUCUCUCCCCUAAAUGCAUCUUUCUGCUCUUAAGUUUGCGGAUGGGGGGCAAAAUUUUCUAGUUCUUACACGAGGAAGGCAAAAAGGACCUUUUCUAUUGAAAGAUUCAGACUAAAAGCAACGAUCGCUGCGAAUAAUUCUAAUGGGCAUUUCAGUGAUUCAAGGAAGGCUGCAUCACCGCCGUUAUUAUUACCAUCCUUAGCAUGUCUCUGUGCCCGUACAUUUAAAAUCUCUGGUGAAAGGAAGGGUGAAACCAUAUGUUGAAGGAGCUGCAUCUCAUUAGUACAGUGUUAUUUUCACCUGAUUGGAGAAGAAUGGUGUCUUCAUUCGGAAACGUAUAUAGUAGGAUAGAUAAUUUAUCGGCUGGUAAGUGUCAAGGUAUUUUUUCUUCCACUUUCAGCUUUUUAACCGGGUCUCCUGCUUGGUCCUGGGGGCGCAAAAUACCCUAAUCCGAGGCAGGCUGAGCGUUUCCAUCCUAGGUGCCUCUUCAGCUGUCACUUCCCUUUAGAUCUGCUGAUCGCAUGGGCAUGUGCUUUAGAAAGAUUAAUCAUCUCUAAAUGCUUUAAUCAGCUAAAAUGACUAAUAUGUGGUAUGUAUUUAUCUGAUAAUAUACCAGUUGCAUUAAUUCAUCGGCGCAUUUGAAAGGGGAAGAUUUUCUUUUACCUCAGGGUUGUUAACCGUUUACCGUUUCAAAGAUGCUGUGGGGACUUCUGAAGGGAACCGUUCUGCCAGGGACAUCAGCAAACCUUGCACAUUCCUUCGAACUUACGUAUGGCAUAUACUGAGCCGGGAGGGAGAGAGAUUCAAGGACCGAGAUUCAAUAACUUUGGGAGUUUGCAUGUAUGAAAGAUGUAGUGCGACACUGGAGAAAUCUACCCGCUGGUAUUUCCCCCUGUAGCCGAUGCGGGCUAUGAUGGCUACAAAGCUAAAAUUGCAAGCGAGUGUGAACGCCGUGUAGUUCUCAACACCGGUCCUACGGUGGAAAACACGCAAAGACGCAACACGUUCAGAGCUGUGUGCUCGUGUUGCUGUGUGGGGCUGCAUGUGCCGUCCUCUUUAUAGGUGGCAUUUACCAAAGGGGGGGGGAGAAGGGCGGCUGCUAUCGCGUGAUUAAACCUUCUACCAUCUCUUAAGUGUAAAUCGGGGCAAGGCUCGCCCACCCGACCCCCCUAGAGUUGGUUGUGGACGUCUGGCCAACAACUGCUGAACUUUCCAGGAGCCUAACCCGAGUCUAGCAGGUAGGGGUUUAGUAAAAGGAGCGGGGCGGGACAGAAAUACUGAAAUCUGCAUUUUUCUUCCCGUUGCAGUUUUGUAAACACCAACAAACGAUGAAACCUUCCACGGCAGAGACGCUUCAUAAAGGGAGGAUGUUGUGGAUAAUUCUUCUAAGCACAAUUGCUCUAGCAUGGACUACACCAAUUCCCUUGAUAGAGGACUCGGAGGAACUCGAUGAGCCCUGCUUUGAUCCAUGUUACUGUGAAGUGAAGGAGAGCCUUUUCCAUAUACAUUGCGACAACAAGGGAUUUAUAAAUAUUAGUCAGAUAACAGAGUCGUGGUCGAGACCUUUUAAACUUUACCUGCAGAGGAAUUCCAUGAGGAAAUUGUACACCAACAGUUUUCUUCACUUGAACAAUGCUGUGUCUAUUAACCUUGGGAACAAUGCCCUGCAGGACAUUCAGACGGGGGCUUUUAACGGGCUCCGAGUUCUGAAGAGGUUGUAUUUGCACGAAAACAAAUUGGACAUUUUCAGAAACGACACUUUCCUGGGUUUGGAAAGUCUGGAAUAUCUGCAGGCAGAUUACAAUGUCAUUAAACGGAUUGAAAGCGGGGCGUUUCGAAACCUGAGUAAAUUGAGGGUCCUUAUCCUAAAUGACAAUCUUAUCCCCAUGCUUCCCACCAACUUAUUUAAGUCCGUGUCCUUAACCCACUUGGACUUGCGCGGGAACCGGCUCAAAGUCCUUUCGUACCGCGGGAUGUUGGACCAUAUUGGCAGGAGCCUGAUGGAGAUCCAGCUGGAGGAGAACCCGUGGAACUGCACGUGCGAGAUCGUGCAGCUGAAGAGCUGGCUGGAGCGCAUCCCCUACACCGCCCUGGUGGGGGACAUCACCUGCGAGACCCCCUUCCACUUCCACGGGAAGGACCUGCGGGAGAUCAAAAGAAGCAAGCUCUGCCCCAUGCUGUCCGACUCGGAGGUGGAAGCCAGCCUGGGCAUCCCUCAGCUGUCGUCCAGCAAGGAGAACGCGUGGCCUACGAAGCCUUCCUCCAUGCUGUCCUCCUUCCAUUUCACCGCCUCCUCUGUUGAGUACAAAACGUCCAACAAGCAGCCCAAGCCCACCAAGCAGCCCCGGGCGCCCCGGCCUCCCCCGACAUCCCGCGGCCUGUACCCCGGGCCCAACCAGCCGCCCGUGGCUGCCUACCAGACCCGGCCCCCCAUCCCCAUCAUCUGCCCCACCGGCUGCUCUUGCAGUUUGCACAUCAACGACCUGGGCCUGACGGUCAACUGCAAGGAGCGAGGGUUUCACAACAUCUCCGAGCUCCUGCCCAGGCCCUUGAACGCCAAGAAGCUGUACCUGAGCGGGAAUUUGAUCCAGAAAAUCUACCGCUCCGAUUUCUGGAAUUUUUCCUCCUUGGAUCUCUUGCACCUGGGCAACAACCGGAUCUCCUACGUGCAGGACGGGGCUUUCAUCAACCUGCCCAAUCUCAAGAGCCUCUACCUGAACGGCAACGACAUCGAGCGGCUCACCCCGGGCAUGUUCCGGGGCCUGCAGAGUCUGCACUACCUGUACUUCGAGUACAACCUGAUCAGGGAAAUCCAGCCGGCGGCCUUCAGCCUCAUGCCCAACCUGAAGCUCCUCUUCCUCAACGACAACCUGCUCCGCACCCUGCCCACCGACGCCUUCGCCGGCACCUCCCUGGCCCGCCUCAACCUCCGCAACAACCACUUCUUGGCUCUGCCGGUGGCCGGGGUGCUGGAGCACCUCCACGCCAUCGUCCAGAUCGACCUGAAGCUCAACCCUUGGGACUGCACCUGCGACCUGGUGCCCCUGAAGCAGUGGCUGGAGGCCCUCAGCUCCGUCAGCGUGGUGGGCGAGGUGCUCUGCGCCAGCCCCGACCGCUUGGCCCGCCGCGACCUCCGCUCCCUGGAGCUGGCCGCCCUCUGCCCCGCCGCCCUCCGCCCCGCCGCCGCCGCCGCCGCUUCUCCCCCGGCCGCCGCCGCCCCGCCGCCUCCUCCUCCUCCUCCUCCUCCUCCUCCCGCCGCCACCGGCGCCGCCGCCUACGAGCUCCCGCCGCCCGCCGCCGUGCCCCUCUCCGUCCUCAUCCUCAGCCUCCUCGUCCUCUUUUUCUCCGCCGUCUUGCUCGCCGCCGGCCUCUUCGCUUUCGUCUUGCGCCGGCGCCGCCGAAAGCUGCCUUUCCGCGCUCCGCGGGGGGAACCGGCCGACCUGGGCGGCCUGCCGCUCCGCUGCCCGCGGCUCUUCGAGGAGGGAGGCGGCGGCGGCGGCGGCGGCGGCGGCGGCGGAGGCGGCGGCGGCGGCGGCGGGGAGCGCUCCCCGGAGAAGGCGCCCCCGGCGGGCCACGUCUACGACUACAUCCCGCACCCGGUGACCCAGAUGUGCAACAACCCCAUCUACAAGCCGCGGGAGGAGGAGGAGGAGGAGGAGGAGGCGGCGGCGGGCGGCGGCGGAGGCGGCGGAGGGGAGGCGGCGGAGCUGCUGCGGGGCGGCGAGCGCUUCGGUCACCACGCCGUCGCGCAGGAGCCGGGCACCAACUACCGCACUUUGCUGGAGAAGGAGCAGGAGUGGAGCCUGGCCGUGUCCAGCUCGCAGCUCAACACCAUCGUCGCCGUCCAUCCCCAGCACCCCGCGGGCGGAGGGCUGGCGGCGGGCGGAGGCGGCGGGGGGCUCGGGGGAACGGCGGCGGCGGCGGCGGCGGGGGGAGGCCCCCCGCGGGACCGCGACCGCCCGCCGCCCUGCGCCGUGGGCUUCGUGGACUGCCUGUACGGCACGGUGCCCAAGCUGAAGGAACUGCACGUCCACCCCCCUGGCAUGCAAUACCCGGACCUCCAGCAGGACGCCAGGCUCAAAGAAACCCUGCUCUUCGCGGCCGGCAAGGGCUUCUCAGACCACCAAACCCCCACAAGCGAAUACCUCGAGUUAAGGGCCAAACUCCAAACCAAGCCGGAUUACCUCGAAGUCCUGGAGAAGACCACGUACCGGUUCUGACCACCGCCGCCCCGCCGCCCGCCCCGGCACCGCCGCAUGCGAGUAGAGGAUACAGCUGUGUGCUCUCCCCCGCCAGAUGUGCGCGCUGCGGGGAAGGGCCGUUCUCAGAUCAUUAAUCGACGAAGUGCCUUCGCAGACUUUUGCCAGCAGAUGUUAAUCAAUCAUUAUUUUUUAUACUGAAACUGAGACUUUGACUGUGCCAUGUCUAAGGAAACUUCCUCUUCCUUGUGUACUGGAAUCAUUUGGGGAUGAUUUGCUCUGGAAGUGUUGACAAUAUUUAACUGUGAUAUCUAAUGUGUGUUAUGACGACUUCUAUUUUGCUAUUUCAUUGUGUUGAGCUGAGGCCGAGUGGGUGGCAGCAUUACUUUCCACUGCAGGAAGCAAAAGUGGAUCCAUCAUCUCUGAUCUGUGGUGGGUGACUCCUUACAUGCUUUGACCUGGGUUACUCUGAAUUAAUAGGGAGUAUUAAUGAUAAUUAUAUCAUUAUCAGCAGUAUUAUUGGUAGCAUUAAUAAUAUUGGGAAGGAAUCAAAUAAAGUCAAAUGAUCUGCAUUUACACUGGAGCUGUUUGAUGGGAUACUAUUUUAAAUAAAUAAGUAUUUUUUUAGCUUAUUUCAUUACCGUACAACAGGUAGCUGGUGUCGGUCUCAGCAGUUCAGCUUGUGGCAGUGCUCAGAACUUGGCAGUAAAUCUUUCAUCACUUGUUUGUUUUAUUCACUCAUUGAUUAUAUUGAAAUUCUUCCUACAGGUGGAAAAGAAAAAAAGGCCAGGUAAGUCCCAGUUAUAGCUGGUAACAACUGCAUACAGGAAAACAGAAAGGGUAAUAAAGGUGCUCAAUUACCGGCGCUCUUUCGUAUUUCCUGGUUAUUGUCGUUGAUGUCACCAUCAUAUUCUACCUGGGUUAGCAGAUUUGGCUGAGACUUGGAAAUUGCUUCAUGGAUCUCUUGACUGUAUCGAUAGUGAGAGAAAGAUGUUAAAUUUUAUGGUAUGAAUAAUAAUCUGACUUCUGGAAGGCGGUCCACCUCUAAACGUCUGUCGCAGCAAGCCGGGACCCCUACUGCUCUAGCUAGGCGAACACUCCGGACAGGUCACUUAUUACGUGAUUCAGUGGACAUGAGUUAAGCUGUGGUAGCUCAAGAUUUUGUCAGAGACCUUUCCAGACAAAACCACUUUUGAGCACGUCAUCACAGCUGAUUUGGUUUUAAGCUAGAAACGUGCAGUUAUGUUCAACUUGUGUUCUCUGCUAUAAAGUUUUACAGCAACAGGACAGAGAGGUCUCUACAAAAUGCCAAUAUGCAGCGUUCCACCUUUUGGAAGCACUAACGUGUGCAAGCAGUCGCUCACGAGUGCUGUGCUACUUCUCCUUUGUUCAAGUACCUACUUCACGUGAACUGUUCACAGGAAUAAGACAUGAUGAAUUGGCUUUAGGCGCAACAGAAACGUUCACGUGAAAAAAAAAAUGGGUAGAAUUUGGCACGAAGUUUGGAAGUUCAUUGCUUAGCUACAUCACUCAGCCAAAGAGUGUGACUUCUGGCAAUGCUCCAGCCACUUAGGUGGGAACUUGUUCCAGAACUGCACUUCUUCCAAAUGCAUUUGCUUUUACAACUUGGAUUUAUGUACACUUGGAAAUCAGGCUGCAACGCAUCGCAUAUUCCUAUUUUCUGACUUUUCCAAGACUUGAUUCUAAAUCUGACUUCCUCGUAACUGAGUUUCACAGUUUAAUUUAUGUAUGGGUUAUACAGUACAAUGCAGCUGGUUCCAUGGGAGAAAUGUGGAGGAAAUUCACCCAAUGUGUAGUUUCACUACUUCUUCAUACUAACAGCAGCUCUUUGUACAAAAAUACGCUAUUUUUUAAUACUGCGUAAUGCUGAUGUGAGUGGAAAGACAUCUUUUUUUCUCAAUUCUUGAAAAAAUUCUGUUUUAUUUGGGCAAGCGUAGCUACGCCACAACUGGAAGCCUGUUCGAGCUAGCGGAAGAAGUGGAUCGUGCUUGGAACAAACCCUUGUGUGGGUAUGGACUGGAGGCCUAAUUCUGCUCCCUUGAAGGCAGUGAUGAAAUGCUACAUUUUUGCUCAGUUUUAGUCAACAGACUUGAAAGAAGAGCAAAGUCUGAUCUCAGAAAAUGACAACACACAUUAAGUGGAUUCAAGUAUUUUGAGACAAGUACUCCAUGUGACUAUUUCAGAAUAAAAUGAAUAACGGUAUAGAGAAAAAGGUUUUGCUAUCAAUUUAGUCAUUUUUCUGAUUGACCUCAUUCACAAAUUAACCAAAAAAGUUUUAGCGCUUUUUAUUUUAAAAUAAGAGCAUUCGCAUAAAGACAAAUAUGAGUGUGUCUCUGCAGAUUCAAGAAACGUGGAAAUGGGUACCAGAGCUUAGACAUAAUGUCAUAGGUAACCAGCUAGCCAACAAGAUUAUUAAUGUAACAAUUGCAAUUUUUUCGGAAGUACUUUAUUAACAUUAUCUUUUUCUUUAAAAGCAAGAAUAUUAACAGACACUGACAAUUGUGUUUCAUAUCUUUUUUUUUUUUAAAGUCUUUUGCUUGAUCCUUAUAGUUUCCCACUUUUAAAAUUAUGUACUUCUAUUCUCAUUUUUGUGUAGGUUGCUGGAGGAGUUAGGCAGGGUACCGAUGAAAGCAUUAGCUUGGCUACACAUGGCUACUGGGGUGAAACCUGGAGGUUAUCUCUGAUCACUGUGAAAAUAUUUGGAAACACUCCCCUGUGGUGGUGGCAUUUUUUUCUCCGUUAAAUUGGUUGAUAUUGUCGUGGUUUUCAGAACAGUGUCAGAUGGCUUAUUUUUGUGGAAAAAUGACGGGAGAAGGCUCGAAGGAACGGAGCCACUGGCAUUGCUAUAGGAAUUCCUUGUCCCACAGUCGUACUGGGUAGUCCGUAUAGAGGAUGUUGAAUCAGUCUUUAUAUUUUUGAAUGCUAAGGAUGUUAAUCUUAAGUGUGGGAUUAUUUUUAGACAUGAAGAAGUAUGUGUAUGCAAUACUAAGAUGUUGGGUGCCUUAAAAAGAAUAGAUAAUAAUAGAGGGCAUAGCACAAUAUAAAAUAUUAAUAACUCAGUCAUAUGUCAUAUACUGAAUCUUUAAGGUCCAUUUACUUUUUCUAACAUCUUUAUUUUUCUACUAGAAUUUUCUAAAUCUCUCAAGAAUAUCCUGUAUAUUCUAUGAAUUCUGAAGAAAUAUUUUAGGUUAGCCGAGGGUCAAAUCUCUCUGUCAAACAAAUACCACUAACUGUGGAGGAAUAUUCCUGUCCAUGGCAUGUGGUGUGGCAAUUUGGCAUGUUGUUGUAGCACUGUGCCAGUUAGGGAGGUUCUCCGCAGUGAUGAGAUUUUGCAGUAGGGUUUGAAUAAUUUCAAGCAGGAGUUCCUGAAUUGUGAUAAAUCACUGUUGGACUGGCAUAGACCUGAGACGUGCUGCUGCUUCUGAUGGCAUUGCCAUCCCUUCUGCUGAUGGUGGGACCUCCACCAUUGCCGCUGGGGGCUCCUGUAACUGUAAUUUUCAAAAAAUCCCAACCGACCGACCAAACAACCAAAAAAAAAAAAGCAGAAGAAAGGUUUGGGAGUCUUUAUCCUACAGGGACCAUCUCAUCUGAAGUUAAUGACUUUCCCCAAAUGUUAAAGUGGCAUUGGCAUACUGAUUAUGGGAAAAUGUUUUUUUUUUCUUGCUUUCCUCAGCUUUACUUUGCUUUUUUGGAGACAGUAGCUGGUUUACAUGUUACACAACUGUAGGAAUGUAUUUGUUAAUACUUUUUCAGACCAUACUUGUUUAAAACAAAGUCAGUCUGUCACAACAGUAACUGUCCUAAACUGAGAUGAGUUUUCUAGAAAGCUACGUGAACCUUUGGUUUUGUACUUGGUCUCUAAGUUGUUAUAUGUGUGUAUAUAUAUAUAAUGUCCAUUAUCUGAAUAAUCCUUGAA